AUGAGAUUCUCCUCCGUUCUCCUGACUGUCUUCGCUCUGGUCGCAUCUGGCCUAGCAGACAAGUCGUGCACUCCCAGUUUCGAUUACUGCUCCGAUAUCCUGAUCAAGUCUAAAGGCUUCACCGAAGCGGAUCUGAAGGAUGUCUUGAAGGGCACCGACCUAGAGAACGAGGAUGUCAAAAACGUCCUGUUCCACUGCACCAACCCCGGUAUCGUUGGCCACCCCAAGCUUUGCAGCAGUGGAUGCAAGGAUUCGGCAACGGAGGGCAGCCACCAGUGUGAUGGGUAA